UACUACUACUUGCCGUACAAUCCUUGACUCGCUUUUAUGCUGCGGCCUAGGCUAUUCAACAUUGCACCUCUUUCUUCUUGUCGACAUUCAAAUGCGUUGAAAUACUUGAUCGCCAGACGCGGACGUAGCCUGCACAAUACGGGCCCUCCACCACCCAAAGCUGGCUUCGCAAGAACACGACGAUGGACAUUACCUGUCGCAAUGAUAGCCACCGUUGGAAUCGUAUAUACGGCAUACAAAGAAACCACCAAGCCGGAGAAUUGGGAAGAGGUUCCUAUUACGGGCCGAAGACGUAGAAAGGUCGCGAGAAGAAAAGAAAUUCAGGCCAAGCUUGUCCAGUCGGCCCGAGAAGAGCUACUGUCCUACAUGGAACCGACCUCGCGUACAAAGAUCCUUCCUCCCAAUCAUCCGCUGUCCAAACUUGGCUCAGAUAUUGUGUCUCGUAUUCUAUCUGCAUCUGAUCUUGGCCGUCUUGGUCCCAGACACACUAUCAAAGACAGCGAAGACGAGAAUGAUUCCCUUCUUGAAGAUCGCGAAUGGAGAAUGUAUGUGCUUGACGGGCCUCUGCCUAAUGCCUGCGUACUGUCAGGGACCAGAAUCAUCACGAUUACUGCGAGUAUGUUCAACCUUUUGCGGAACACCGAUAUGAUAGCUUCGUGUCUCGCUCACGAGAUUGCUCAUGAGAUCGCCGAACAUGCUUUGGAGAAGAACAGUCUUCUUCAAAUUAACCUGUCAAGAAGUUUUUUGACCUGGUUUUACAGGGAUAUUUUCCAAUGGCACGAAUACGAAGCUGAUUCUCUAGGCCUUCUGUUCAUGUCUCGCGCCUGUUAUAAUCCAACUGCGGCUAUUUCAACAAUCAAACGGCUUCAUGAUAUGGAUUUAUCUCUCAAGGAGCUCAUAGAAACUAGAGAGCAUCAGUCCGGCAGGCUUUUCAAGAACAUGAAGAAAGAGGACACUCAUCCUCCUUGGGAAGAUAGGAUCAAGGCGUUGGAGAAACUACUUCCGGCUGCCUUUCACACUCUAGAGAUGACACCAGGCUGUUCACAUACGAGUCAAUACUGGGAGAUGUGGAAGCGAGCUAUCGGCGACAAUUCCAACGUUCCCUCUCAGAGUGCUUGAGAAUGUUUGCUUGUAUAUUCAUAUAUAUUGUAUUUGUUGUAUUUGGUUCAAGCCGAGCUGUAUAUUUGUAGAAGUCCGUUGCUAACCGAUUGAUCGUAAAUAUUAAUCAUUGACA